AUGGCGUACGAACUUUACGGAUUGCUAGCAUUCUCGGAUGAAGAACUUCGGGAUUCUCGCGAAAUUUUUUUCGGACAAGAUGAACAGGGUGUUACGUUGGAGCCGAGCUUCACAGCCAACUUCAUCCACAAAGAAAUCGAGUUCCUCGAAGAUCUCAAAAGGCAAAUAUGGAACGAAAUCACAGAGGCAAAACUCCAAGAGGAAAAUGAAAAUCACGUCAAUGCUUUCGAGAACAUAAGGGAAAUGAUUUUGGAAAUGCGUCAAGAUUUCGAAGAGAAACAUACGAAAGUCCAGCAAGAGAUCAACGAGCAGAGUGAAAAAAUAAAAGAAAUAUUCGAAAGGCUUGAAGAAAUAAGCAACGCAAUGACAAAACAAAGUCAAGCACGUCUGGACGACGAGCAACCACCAAAGAGGAUGAGAACGAAAUCAGGCAAAGUGCUCCAGUCCACAAGGGGACAAGUCCAGCUACAUCUUUUGGCGACGAGCAAUCGGCAAAAUCUAGCCCGGCUAUAUCUGAACGAUGAACUCGAAAAAUACGGAUACUACAACCAAUCCACAAGGUCAAGUCCAGCUGCAUCUUUUGGAGAAGAGCAAUCGGCAAAAUCGAGCCCGGCUAUAUUCGACGAUGAACUCGAAAAAUAUGGAUACUAUGACGAAUCCACAAGAUCCAGCCCGAAUACAUCUGACGAUGAGCAAAGCAUGAAGGAAAGAAGUUAUCCUGGAAGCCAGAGAAGAAAUAAAUUAGAGCAGCGAGGUGAACGGAUCAACUCAUAUCUGAAGACGAUGGCAAACGUGCCAGAACGAAGAAUAAAUCGCAUAGAUCAAAUGAGAUCCAAGGACAGGUUUCUGGUCUGCUCCUUCUGCCUGGAAAAAGGAUUGCACUACUCAGACAGUUGUCCCUCAUAUGUCAGUGUCAAAUCGAGGAAAAGGCGUGUUCGAUGCCAACAAUGUCUGGAUAGCCGCCGCCACAACACAGAAGAGUGCAGGAAUACAAAGAAAAGGUGCAGGUACUGUGGAUCAAAGGAUCACGAUAAAGCUCUCUGUGUUCUGCCGGGAGACAUCGACGACUACUACAGAGAACUUGACGAAAUUAGGAGAGAGCUCGAAAGUCUUCCAGACUAUUAUGGACCACAUAACCCACCCGAACCGCAGUAA